AUGUCCGAAGACAUCCGUCAUCCAGCCGGAGAAUUCCAACCAUCGAAGCCUCGCGAGGAACACCCAGGUGGCCCAAAGCAUAAACCUGGGGUCAAGGCAUCUCCAGCAGACAAUGUACCGGAGUCUCACGCCCAAGCUGUCCCUGUAGGCACUGCUCCCCGUGAGAAUUUAUUCCAGCCCCGGCCGAAUGUGGAGGACAUGGGUGGUUAUGACGAAGGUGGUGCAUCUGCCAGUUCGACUUUGAUGGGAGCUACCUCUGCGGACGUGGAUAAGGGGAUGGGAAAGCCAUUGCAGGGUGAGACCAAGACCGAGAUGAGACAUGGAGGUGAACAUCAUCGGAAGCAUCCAGGCUCGGGACUGGAAGGAGUGGGUGCAAACACUGCCAGGACUGAGACAGAGAUGAAUAGGCUGCAGAGGGGGUGA